UCUGCUAAUCCUCAGAAUUCUUCAUCGUCAUCAUCAUCUUCUUCUUCUUCUUCCAAGUUGCUCCGUUUCAAUGGCGACCUCAUCGUUGUCCAUGGCUGCUCCCCCCUCGCUCUGCAACAAGAUCCCCUCCCCUGCUCCCUUCUUCGCCGCUCCCCACGUCUCGCUUCCCUCCCACUUCCCUCCAAAGCCCCCCGCUUUCCACCUCCUCCUCGCCCUCAAAUCCUCGGCCUCCGCCUUCGGGUCCCCGAAGUUCGUCCCCGUCCCUCGCCAGCGCCUUCUCUCGGCCGCGCUCGACGGUUUCGAAGCCGAAGACGGCGUCGCCGGAUCGGGGGAAGAGGACCCAGAAGAGGCGGAGGCAGAGGAGCCGCUCGGGAGCUCGAGCGAAGAAGAGGAGGGGGAGGAGAGCGGGGACGAGGGGAGAGUCUCGGGUUCUUCGGGCGGAAAUGGGAGGUUGUACGUCGGGAACUUGCCGUACUCCAUGAAUUCUUCUCAGUUGGCUGAGGUUUUUGUGGAGGCUGGGCGGGUGAUAAACGUGGAGGUUGUUUAUGAUCGAGUGACGGAUAGGAGCAGGGGCUUCGCGUUUGUUACCAUGGGGAGUGUGGAAGAAGCUCAAGAGGCUAUUCGGAUGUUUGAUGGAUCUCAAGUUGGUGGCAGAACAGUCAAGGUAAACUUCCCCGAAGUGCCAAAAGGAGGUGAAAGGGAAGUAAUGGGGCCGAGGAUCAGAAAUAGCAACCGUGGCUACGUGGACAGCCCCCACAAAAUCUAUGCAGGAAACCUUGGGUGGGGCCUCACUUCGCAAGGUCUCAGAGAUGCAUUCGCUGACCAGCCAGGCCUGUUGAGUGCAAAGGUUAUAUAUGACCGUGAUUCUGGAAAAUCCCGAGGAUUUGGAUUUAUCUCCUUUGAAUCUGCAGAGGCCGUGGAGUCUGCUUUGGAUGCCAUGAACGGAGUGGAGGUGGAAGGACGGCCCUUACGAUUAAAUUUAGCAGAGCACAGAGCAUCUACUGCUUCUCCGGACAGAAACACUGGGAACAAUCUCGACAGCAGCGAAUUGAUUUCCAGCAUUAGCGGCUGAGCAAAUUUCACAAGUUUUGGCCUCCAAAUACCUGUAGAGUACUGAGGCGGGCAUGAGAGGAAUUGGAGGAGAGGACUAUGGACAUCCUUGUCUCAGGCUUAACCCUGUAACUUUACAGCUCAACCACUUGCAAAACUCAGGUUCUCUGUGCCAGGGCAUACAAAGAUGAUGGUGAAUAUAAAGCUCGAUGGCCCUAGAGGUUACAAGAUUUUUGGAUGUACGUACACUAUAGUUAUAUGCGCGGAUAGUCUGCUAUGAUGUUGCCUGAUUGUGAGCGGCCCUGCUUAGUUUUGGAGUUGAGCAGUUAUAUGAAAGUAUUCGCUAAUUGUUCUCGACAGUUGAACACUUGUUUUGAGAAUGAAACUUUAACUGAAUAUAUUUGUUUUGA